AUGAGGAUUUGGCAAAUCUGUAAACAAAUGUUUCACAACUUAAAAAUGAGAGAUUAGAUUUUUUUGGUUAAGAUUUUUGCUUUUUCUAUUAGUUUCUUAUUGAUUGGCUCAUUUUAUAUAGUUUAGAAAAAUGUAAUAAUUGGAAUAUAUGAAAAUUCAUCAUCAAUUGUUCUGCAACGCUAAGAUAGAGUGGCACUUAAGUUAUUUCUUCCAUAACUAAAUUAGUAUCUUAUAUCCAAAUAACAUCAAAGUAAUUACUCUAAUAUCAUUUUAGGAAUAUAACUUUUAACAAGUUUAGGAACACUUUACUAAUAACUGGAUAAUUUCCAUAUAACAGAAUAAUUUGAAGAUCCUCUUAAGUGUUAAACCUAGUAAGAGAAGAGUUUUUUAUUUUAGAUCCCAGAAAUUUGCUUUACAUGUUAUCUUUGUAAAGAUGGCAAUAAAUUACCAUCAAUGGAAAAAUAUCAAACUUUAUCAAAAUUUUCCAGAUUAAUAUCUGAAUAUAUCUUAUUAUUUGAUACAUAAUAAAAUAACAGAAUCUUUUAUGUAGCAACUGGAGAUAUUUAAACUGGAUUUAUAUUUCCUUAAAUAAUUUAUGAUUGGUCAUACUCUCCUCAAUCUAAAAAUUGGUUUGUUAACCAUUUGGAUAGAUACUAAAAGGAUAUAAAUUAGAAAUAUUUUUACUCGUAACUCUACUUUUCUGGCACUCAAUUUAUCUACAAAUAAACCAUAUCUUAUUCUUUAGAAAAUUAAUAUACAAAAAACUUAGAUGCAAUAGCAGGUACUGAUAUUGAUGCUGAAGAUCCUGAUAUGAAAUUAAUUUAAGCUAAUACUUAUUUGUUGAAUUAAUAAGGUUAAAUCAUUUAUAGAAAUGUCAAUCUAAAUCUCUCAGUAACUGAAUUGAAUUUUAUUUAUGAAGAAAAUAAAACUGGAUUCAAUAAAACUGAUUGGAUUGAAAUUUUAAAUUUAGCUAAUAAUUAUCCAAGCAUUUCGAAUUGCUAAUAGGAUGAUAAUUAAAUUUUAUGUAGAUAUAAUUCAAUUUACAAAAAACCAAUUAAGAUAGUAGCUAAUUAGAUUCCAGGAAAUUUCACAUUAAUGAUGUAAAUUUAUUAAAUUAUUAUUAGGUUUACUAAUGCGAGCUUUGAAUAAUUAUUAUAAUAAAAUUUCCUUUCACUCGAACUCAUGGUUUAAUAACUAAAUGAAAGAGCUUUUUAUACUUAAAUUAUUACAUCUUGUUCUUUAAUUUCAAUUUCAAUGAUUAUUGUUAUUUUCAUGUUUCGUCCUAUUCUUAGAGUAAUGAUCGCAGCAAAAAUAUAUAUUAAAAAAAUGGGAAAUAAUUUGGAUAAAGAAAUAUUUAAGUUGAUGAAUUCUAAAAAAAAUGCAAAAAGUUUUUUCAAUAAACUAGAAGUUCAAAUUGUAAACUUCAGUGAUAUCUUAUAUAGAAAUCAAUAAUAAAAAGGAAAAAUUUGUAAAUAAAUCGAAGAAUAUUAAUAUUUAAAAAAAGCAAUCUAACCUAUUCAAAUAGAAUUAUUAUCUGAAUAUGCUAAAACCGAAUUAACCAAUUAGAUAUCUAUUUCAACUCAUAAUUUACAUUAAAUGGUUUCUCAAUUAUUAAAAUAAUUUAAUUAAUAUAAUCAUAUUGUCUAAAAAUAAUGA